AUGGGCUCACCCGAACUGCCCACCCGCUCUGCGGCGCCGAAAGAUCACACGCUUUCCUCGAAACGUACAAAGGUCGUCAAGAAGAAAGAUCCCACAGUCCGCAAGCCCAAACAACCUGGUCGCAGGUACAUGAACGGGUUGAUGAAAGCCGAGAUUCCUGCUCGCUCAGAAUUGAUGAAGAUCGCCAAAGCCAACUCCAUCCAGUCUCCGCUUCUCAGUCUUCCGGCAGAAAUCCGCAACAAGAUCUGGCAGUAUGCUGUUGGCUAUCAUCAAGUCGACAUCCAUGAUUACUCAUGCGUUCGAAGAUGGGAUAUCAGGCUCACGCAUGUUACGCACCCUUUGACCCAAGGCCCGAACACUUCGUCCAGCUUUGUCCAACCCACUUUUGCGGUCCCCAAAGUAUGCCGCCAAAUGUACGUUGAGUCAUCGGCAAUGGUCUACAGCUUGAACAACUUCGGAUUCGAUAAUCUGGACACAUGCGACCGAUGGAUCUUGGGCCGCCCGCUCGGUCAGAGACGUCUCAUCGUCUCGGUGGACAUGCCAUUCGGGUACUACAGCCUCUAUAAGGACGGGUUCCGCAAACUCCUGCGACAGACAUUCCCGGGGAUUAUGAAAGUAUACCUGCAUACCAAAAUGGCAGAGAUGAGCCAACGUAUCGUUACUAGCACUUGGUUUCACACAGUACCUACCAGGGAGCCUCUCAACGACACUAAGCAGAGGUUCGUUGACCAAGUCAAGAAGAAGGAGGGUGAUGGAAUUGAGGUCGACUGGUACAGUGGAUCCGCCAACUCUUUGGUCUACCUCCACUAUUGA